ACCAAAGCGGACGACACAGCAGUCAUAUGAUGUGCAGAAGAAAACCGGAAGCAUGUUUUAUUUAAGAUAAACUGUUAAAUAUACUGCUUAUGUCGCUGUUUCAAUUGCAAUUACUGUAUAUUUUAGCAAUGCUGGAUAUAUUUUUCUGUUUUUAAUUCAUACAGUUCAGGGCGUUGCGUUGUUAGCAUUAGCAAAGAGCUUUACUCUCUUGGCAGGUUAUACUUUGCCAGGUAUCAUUUUCAGUUUAGUGUCCACAUAUAUUGCAGCUUUAUAUACAAACAACCACACUUUAUAGUCCACAGACUCUACAUUAUUGUUAGCAUGACUUCUUCGUUUAAAAUCGGCGAGAAUUUUCACGAGAAAGCAAGAGAUUUACUGAAGAAUGAGUCUUCCAUAUCAGAGGAUCUGAGGGAAGAACUGGAAAACUUAAAAGAUGAGUCCAUCAUACCUUUCAAGACUGUAAGAAAACUUCAUAAGCUUCUUCAGGCAAACGGACAUCCAGUGUACCUACAUGAGCUGUUGGAGGAUAGCACACUUUAUCUACCAGAAGUCAUAACACCUCCAAGAAACCCCGAGCUGGUGGCCAGGCUGGAAAAGAUUAAAGCAAAAUUAGCCAAUGAAGAAUAUAAGAGAAUUACACGGAAUGUGAAUCCACAGGAAGUUGGUCAUCAUGGAACCUUAGCAGAUUUUGGACAUCAAGUGCGUUCAGUGAAGGCAGUUGUCAUUACUGUAUUCAACUUCCUGGUAACUGUUAUUGCUGCAUUUGCUUGUUCAUAUCUGGGCAGCCAAUAUAUAUUCACUGAGACAACAGCGAGAGUAAUAGCGGCAGUGAUUGCCGCCUCUGUUGUUGGUCUAGCAGAGCUUUAUGUUCUGGUACGGACUAUGGAAGGAGAACUUGGAGAGCCAUAAAAUCAGAAUAUGAUGAAACGUUUUCGUGUCUUUCUGUGUAUUAUUGUACAGAUUGUUGUGACUGUAACUGAAGAUGUGUUAUUUAUUUAUAUGUUCUGCUGUUCAUUGAGCAUUAUAAUACAUAAGGUCCAGUUUAAAUUGAAUUUCUAUCAAUAAAAUGAAUCCACUUUUUCAAUUAAAAGGCACUGUAAGGUACAUUUCA